CAGGACUAGGCUGGGCUGGGCUAGCUCCUUGUCCUGGAGCACAGCGGUGUGUGGAGCCUCCGGAGCCAGCUCAGCAUGGUGGAGUUCGCACCCCUGUGGGUGCCAUGGAGGCGCAGACUGCAGACCCUCGCAGUCCUGCAGUGGGUCUUCUCCUUCCUGGCCUUGGCCCAGAUCUGCAUCGCCAUCUUCAUAGGCCUCCUAUUCACCAGGUUCUGGCUCCUCUCUGUCCUGUAUGCCACCUGGUGGUACCUGGACUGGGACAAACCAAGGCAGGGAGGCCGGCCCAUCCAGUUUUUCAGACGCUUGGUCAUUUGGAAGUACAUGAAGGACUAUUUCCCUGUCUCUUUGGUCAAGACGGCUGAGCUGGACCCUUCCCGGAACUAUAUCGCGGGCUUCCACCCUCAUGGAGUCCUGGCCGCAGGAGCCUUUGUCAACCUGUGCACCGAAAGCACGGGCUUUACCUCGCUCUUCCCAGGAAUCCGCCCAUACCUGAUGAUGCUGACUUUGUGGUUCCGGGCUCCCUUCUUCCGGGAUUACAUCAUGUGCGGGGGGCUGGUCACAUCAGAAAAGGAGAGUGCUGGUCACAUCCUGACCAGGAAGGGUGGUGGGAACUUGCUAGCCAUCAUCAUUGGGGGCUCCCAGGAGGCACUGGAUGCCAGGCCUGGAGCCUAUAGGCUGCUGCUGAAGAAUCGCAAGGGCUUCGUCAGGCUCGCCCUGAUACAUGGGGCAGCGCUUGUGCCAAUCUUCUCCUUUGGGGAGAACAACCUGUUUAACCAGGUUGAGAACACCUCUGGCACCUGGCUGCGCUGUGUCCAGAACCGACUACAGAAGAUCAUGGGCAUCUCCCUCCCUCUCUUCCAUGGCCGAGGUGUCUUCCAGUACAGCUUUGGCCUCAUGCCCUUCCGACAGCCCAUCACCACCGUAGUGGGGAAGCCCAUCGAGGUGCAGAUGACACCACAGCCCUCAGAGGAGGAGGUGGAUCAGCUUCACCAGCUCUACAUCAAGGAGCUAUGCAAGCUCUUUGAGGAACACAAACUCAAGUUCAAUGUCCCUGCCGACCAGCAUCUGGAGUUCUGCUAAGCGCCUCCAGCCAGAGGACAGCUGCGUCUGAGAGCCUGCAGGAGUGUUGUGAUAAGAGGGGACUUCCACAGCCACCCUGAACUCCUACAAACUCAGCUACAGCUGGCAAGAUGGGAUUUGCCCUGCAGCCAAAGCUCUGAGGUCUACCUGUCCUUGGCCUAAAAAGAAAGUAGACAGUAAUUUCUAAGGUCUCUAUCCACGGAUAUAAUGUCACUCAGACAUGACCAAAGGACAACCAGGGAAAAAGAGAACAAAAUUCUUCUUCCCCUAUCUUUAAGUGACAGUGGAAAAGAAGCCAGGCCUCCCCUGUACAUGCUGCUCCCUGGAUGUCCCUUCUUCCCUUCUGAGCUGGAGAGAAGGGUAGCCAACUAUGCCCUGGUACCCACCCUAUGUUUCUUCCAGAUUCUGUGUCCUCUGAGCAAUGAAAUCGAUACCAAAGGAUCCCAGAAGGUGGUUAAGGAAGGCAAGAACCCAGUCCUCCUUAACUACUUGACUGUGACUGAGGGUAGAUCUCCUCACCAUUCUUCCAAGUCUCAGUUCCCCCAGCUUUGACAACCGUGUGAGCCUCAGUGCUCACACCAUAUGGGCUCCAUUAGGGAGUCUCUCACUCAUGCUUUAUAAACAACUCCAGCCCCUGUGUUGGCACAAAAGGGCAGCUGCAUACAUGUUACUUCAAUAA